AUGGAACUGGUGCCUGUUCAUGGCUCCAAUAAAAUUCCUCGCUGGUCUGUUAGGCUCCACCAGCCCUCUGCUCUGGAGACCUUUGUGGAAAACUGCGUGCUGGGCCAACUCACGUGGCAAUGGCUGGGGCUUGAGCUUUCAGAAACUCGCAGGCGUAAAGCUAGGCUCCGUGAACGCUGGGAGUCAGUGGGGGCCUUCAAAAUGUGGUUUGAUGCCUGGAGAUUGCUGGACGGCCAGGGCAGGAUCAUUGUCCUUGACAGAACUUUGGGAUAUGAUCGUCAAUUUGGCUUGGCUAUGCUACAAGCAGUUUAUCUGUUUCAGGAUGGCUUUCUGCACACCAUGGACUAG